AUGCAAUUCCUUUCGUCAAAAGCAGUGCUAUACUUGCGUAUAAUUGGACUCACAGCUCUUCUGUUCUUCCUUCUAAAAAGCCCCACUAGCAUUUUCAAUGCCAACUUCUCCCUUCUUUUGGGCCAGGCUAUGCGCCUUCCCACAGUAACUGUAUCGAACGAGAAUCCGCUUUUGGGUUUGGUUGCCCUCUUUGUAUUCGGUGUUGCUCUCUCAGAUUUGGUGCCUCUAAUGGCCGAGAAUACUCAGCACUUUGAGACCUUGGUGCCCGUCCGUUUGGGUUUCUUUUUCUUUUUGGCCAUCUUCUGCAUGAUCAGUGAGUAUGGCCCAAUUGCAAACAACAUCGUGUUCACCUAUUCCUUCUUGGAAAUCUGGGUCAACUUUGUUUUGUUCACUAACCUUCGUGAUGAGAAGUACAAGCGUGCCAGAGAGUUCUUAGAGAAGCAUGGCGACGAAAUGAGGGAAAUGGCCAAUGAGCGUGUCAGACCCAUCAAUGAUGACGAGUAA